ACACCGCUCACUCACUCACUCACUUACACACCCCUCCUAGAAAAAAAAGUUUAACAGGGAUCAAAAAGUCCAUUACGGUGAAACUUCCAUUAGAUAUAACAACUGUUUAACGAAAGGUUCAUCCAAUCAGAACAAGAUUAGAUAGCAGUUCAUAUAGCUAGUAAGUAUAUCAUAUCACUUCCAUUCGUUGUUCAAUCAAUCAAUCAAUCAAUUCCCCCAGGAACUAAACGUUACAGAUCUGGCAAUACUCAUACUCAUCAUCAAAUUGAUCUGACUGUCUGCGCUGUGCCUAUUUCAUUUACAGCCAACCAACAAAUAAUCAUCAAUACAUCAGACAAUCUCCCUAUAUUCAAUCAAUCAAUCAAUUAAGUAAGUAGUACCUUAGUCUCAUUCAUAUAGUCAUAUCAUAUCAUAUCAUAUCAUAUCAUAUACAAUCAAUCAAUAUGCUUCAUCUAAUAGUAUAUUUCCUUAUUCAAUGUUUAAUCGUUGUUAAUGGAUUACUGUUGGAUAUCAAUGAUCGUGAUUCCAUCUGUGCUGCAGCCAAGGCCAUCUCCGAUGGUGAAUGGAAUUAUUAUGAAGGUCUUAAAUACGGUGGUGUGGUUGGUAUGUUUGCUGCUCCUAAUUAUUGGUGGAAUGCUGGUGAAGCCUUUGGUGGUUUAUUAGAUUAUUUCUCUUAUUGUGAUCCAACUAAUGAAACUUUAGAAUCUUUGAUUUAUGAUGGUAUGUAUCAUCAAGCUGGUGCUGGUUUCAAUUAUAUUCCUUCAAAUCAAUCCAUGACUGAAGGUAAUGAUGAUCAAGGGGUUUGGGGUAUGGCCAUUAUGCAAGCUGUAGAAAGAAAUUUCACUAAUCCUCCUGAUCAUUCUUGGUUAUCCAUGACUCAAGCCGUUUAUAAUACUAUGAAUGCAAGAUGGGAUAAUACCACUUGUGAUGGUGGAUUAAGAUGGCAAAUUUUCACUUGGAAUUCUGGUUAUGAUUAUAAAAAUUCCAUUGCUAAUGGUUGUCUUUUCCAUCUUGCGGCAAGAUUAGCAAGAUAUCUUGGUAAUGAUACUUAUGUUGAAACUGCUGAAAAAGUUUGGGAUUGGAUGUAUGGUGUUGGUUUCAUGGUUAGUAAAGGUGAUGAAUUUAUUCUUUAUGAUGGGGCUGAUAUUUCGGCUAAUUGUACUGAUUUAACUACUUAUCAAUGGUCUUAUACUUAUGGUAUCAUGUUAUCGGGUUGUGCUUACUUAUAUGAUUAUACUGGUGAUGAUGUUUGGUUAGAAAGAUCAAAUGAUUUAUUAACUGCUUCUGGUCAAUUCUUUAAUAAUAGUAUCAUGUAUGAAAUGCAAUGUGCUCCAUCCAACAAUUGUAAUAAUGAUCAAAGAUCUUUCCGUUCAUUAUUUGCCAGAUCAUUAGGUUUAACUUCAGUAUUGGUCAAUUCUACUGCAGAAACUAUAAGUGGUUGGAUUGAUACAAGUUCAGUAGCUGCUGCUCAAUCAUGUUCAGGUGGUUCCGAUGGAAUUACCUGUGGUUUCAAUUGGGCCGUCAAUGGUUGGGAUGGUGUUUAUGGUUUAGGUGAACAACAAUCUGCUUUAGAAACCGUCUUGGCUUUAUUAACUGAAAUGCCAUUAACUGCUUCAACUGGUGGUACAUCUAUAAGUGAUGUUAAUGCUGGUCUUAAUACUGGUGAUACUAUUAAUACAAAUCUCAUUACAAUCUCAACCAGAGAUAAAGCUGGUGCUGGUGUUUUAACAGCAGUGGUUCUUGGUGUAAUCUUAGCUGCCGGUGUAUGGAUGGUACUAUAGAUUGUUAGUUUGUCCAGUACAUGCUGACGUUUUCCCUUCCCCUUUCCUUUCCUUUCCUUACUUUUUUUAUACACAUAUAUAUAUUUAUCCUAUUCCUAACCUCCUAUUUAUAGUGGUGUUUCUUCUUCUAUAACUAUUACUUUAAAAAACAUUAUGUUUAUGUACUUU